CAACUUUUUCCUUUGCGUGAAAUUCCUCAAGUUUGUGUCUAUUGUUUGGAUGUUUGAACCGACGGUGAGUGGAUAUCAGGCGUGUUAAUAACCAAAAACAUAAAGCAGCCCAGACAGGAUGUAAGUAAGUGCGCAGACUGAGACGAAAGAGAUUUGAACGGUUGUUGAGGACAUUUUUCCGCUUCUUUUGGCUGGCUGACGAAGAAGACAGAGGGAGUAAACUCCAGAUGGAAAGGAAAGGAAGGGGGAAGAUAACUAGGAGGAGUUGAGGAAGGAGCGGACUGUUAUGUGGCAAAACUCUCGACUACCUCUGUGACAACGAGAGCAGUAGAGCUGGUUUAUAUUGUGGAGAAAGUGAGAUGGAGGGAGAGAAGGAGAGACAGCGGCAGCAGCGAGAAGAGAAGGAGAGUAACGAGGCAGAAGAUGACAGGAGGAGUGAUGAUGACGCUGACAAUGAGGAGGAAGAGGAAGACGAUUCGGAGGGUGCUGCGCUGGUCUGGCAGGAAGGCUACGGUGAGGACAAUCUGGGCCUUCCCAUCAUGCACUGGGAGGCGCUGAGUCUGCGCAUCGCUGAGCUGGAGAAGCAGGAGGAGGAGAAUAAGGAGAAAAGGGCAAAGAGCGGAGUUUCUCUGGAGCGAGGCAGAGCUCCACUGAGCUGGAUGGAGGAGAGAGGGAGGAGAGCAGAGAGCUGGGAGGACGGAGACGACGCCUGCAACAGCCAUGUGCUGGCACUCACCUCUCGCCUGCAGACACAGAUGAAUCUUCAGCUCUGCUUCAUCAACAACAGUGAAAGUGAGGAAGAGGAGGAUGACAAGGAGAAGGAGAGCAGCAACACACGGAGAGGGACUGUUCAGGUCCUUAAGAAUCCUCAGCCUCCUGCCAAGCCAGAGAAACCAAAAUCCAGAGGCUUCAGGAACACUCUGAGGAACCUACGAGACCGACUGAGAACAGACCACAAAACACUGGCUGCAGCUCGUAGUGAUCCUGUAGUCCAGAGAAGACAUGUGGAGCGCAGCGAUUUACAGAACUUCAGUAUUAAGGAUCUGAAGGCUCUUUGUACGUCUCUCAGCCAGACCAUCCAAGACCUGAGCUCAGACCUGGUGAGUCGCCUGCAGGUCCGAGACCAGCUGAGGACAGAGCAGGACGCCAUGCUGCUGGAGGUCCAGGAUCUGACAUCGCUGUGAACCUGCUGAUCGCUCCUGACUGGAGUUCCCCUGCCGAGCAGUCAGGAGCGGUUAAUAUUACACAAACAUUUGAACAAGUGUUACAGCCUGUGAACAUUGUUGGGAAUCAGACAGUGCCACAGUGGCCUCCACAAACAUCUCAGUCAGCCCCUCUUGCUGUUGGUCUGACCAGCCAAUCACUGUGAAGAGUGUCACUCCCUGAAAGGACCAGGACAUUCAGAUGCCUAGUAUUUUUUUUAUUGUUGUUGUUAUUGUCUGUGUUGUAUAUUUAUGAGGGAAAUUUUGUCUCACUUAAGGACGGUGUCCACCAGCAGUGGCUUAAAACUUACAUGUGACAGGAUCAGCUUUGUCCAGCAGGUGUGGUCACAAUGUCAGAGCGGUAGGGUACGGUUAGUAGCUGAAACUGAUUUGGACACAACAUCCAGACAGUGGAUGGUGGCCUCAAAGGAACACACUUACAUUUUUGGGGAAAUAUGCUUCUUGGCUAUCUUACACUGAGUCACAUUAUGAGGUCAGCACCGGUUUCUUCUCCUCUAGUCCACAGCAGAUUAAGGACUGGGUCAUGUUAAACCCAGUCUAGCAGUCAGACUGGAAGCAAGGGGGAAAAACUUGUCCUUACAGUGGAUAGCUCCCACCUUAACACACCAUCAUAAAAGUGUUUCUGCACAUGAAAAUGCAUCUGUACAGCAUGCAGAGUCACUCAGCCAAUCUUGAAGAUAUGAUGAAAGGAUGGUGAGUUUAAGAUUUGAUCGUAUAUCCCCUUUCCACCAAAGCAAACCUUGUUCUGGUUCUGGGCUCGUGCUAGUACUGGUCGCCGUUGGAUCAAGUUUUAAACCUUCUAUGAACCAGUGUUGCCAACUUAGCGACUUUGUCGCUAUAUUUAGCGACUUUUCAGACCCCUCUAGCGACUCUUUUUCAAAAAAAGCGACCAGCGACAAAUCUAGCGACUUUUUCUGAUGUUAUUGAAGACUUCUGGAGACUGUUGUGAGAGCACGUAUCAUUCUUAUUCUUCUCAACGAGCAGCGGAUGCUGCCAUGGGCUCCUCUCUCGCCCCAAAGCACUCACAGACGGCCCAGUCCUCCCUCCCAGCAGCAGUCAGAGCAGGAGAUGUUAACCCCUCCACGUCCAGACUGCAAGUGAAUCGCGCAUGCGUGGAACCGCCGCUGGCUGAUCCCGACCUGGUUUACAGUCAGGGCGGGAUGUAAAUGUAAAAUUUUCUUUGUCUAAUAUAAGUCACUGAAAGAAGGUUCAUUUGUUGUUCUAAACAUAUUCAGGGUGUUUUUUUACUCAGUUUCUGUCUCUUCCACAACGUUAUUCCUCUCUCCUACAGCAGCCAUUACAAUUACAUGCAUAUGGACAAUUAUGCAAAUUAGGCGAUGAUGUCAUUUGGUGACUUCUAGUGACUUUUAGGACAGCCAGUAGCUACUUUUCUUACUGAGGAGUUGGCAACAGUGCUAUGAACCGCUCUGCUGCAAGCAACUUUAUUAGCGGGCUACUGAGCAAUAUCAUCACAUAAAUGAAUAUGCUGUAUACGUUUUCGCUUUCCCAGUAACACCAGCACCAACUUCAAUCACAACAACAAUGGUGGGUUACAUAGUCUCAUUACAAGUGUUGCUUUUGGCUUUGCGAGCCUACAUUGGCAAAUGCGGUAUCUACGAUGUAGAUAGCAGACAACUUUAUAAGCAACAGCAAAAACAACAACAAUGCUUUAAAGCUUCCACUUAUACAGUGUUAUCCUUUGUGAAACCAGAUGUUAAUAUUGUUGGUGAGCCAGUGGCAAUUUCAGAAAGUAACGUGCUAAAGUUUGCUUUUGUUGAUAAGGUUAGUGCCAUCUAGUGUAAAGAUUUAUAAAAACAUGAAGGACGCAUGGAAGUACGUGGACAGUAAAAGUUUAAAAUGAACGUAUCGAUUUUUGAGGGAAUAUAAAUGAGCCUUUCGAGACUAGACAGUGGCUCUAAACGGGCCUUCGAACUGCCUUGGUGGAAAAGGGGUAAUAAUAAUAUUUUUAUUUGUUUACAUAGCCACUUUUUCUUGUUCUUGUCACUCACCUUAAACCAUCAGGGUUUUGUUGUUUCAGUGACCUCAGCCUGUGCUCAUAUGUCACAUCAUUCACUACAUGAUGUGGACAAGAAAUAUGGAGAAAUGAUCUUGCAACUCCCUCAGACAGUCAUUAAUUUUGUAUGGACAAUAACCUUUUAUGAAGAAAGAACAUCCCAUAAGUUUUGCUUUGGUUAAGGGGAAAGAAUUGCUCAUUUCAGGUUUUGGUGGCAAACCAGCAUAUUUCCCCAAACAUCUGAAUAUUCAUUGAAAGGAUUCAUCCAGUGUUAAUGGAAGUUUUUUCCAGAUUUUCCAGAUCAGUUUCUCUCCCUUAAAGGCACCCCGUGGUGUCUUUGACCACUAGUAGCACUAUGGAGCAAUGUUUUGGUCAGCAGGUCCCCAUGACAGUUUGAUGUUAUUCCAUUGAUUUCAGCCUGUACAAAAACAUUAGGACAAUAACUUAAAAGCAGAAAGUGGAAUAGCAUCAACAUUACAACAGAGAUACCAAUCUGUAAAAUGAGGGUUAUCUUUUUUCAUCUCUGGAGCUAUGCUUUAAUACAUUGUGUUUAGCAUCUUUUCUAAAGGCUUGAAACUGCAAUACAAAAGGGACUCCUGUUAAGAAGCUGCUUAUAAUUGCCAACUGAACAAUCUGUUGUUUUCUACUUUGUCUCAAGUGUAGUUAACUCCUCUGAUAAGAGAGAAAAUGUCUUCUGUUAUUCAUGUGUAUCUUUGGCCCUGUUUAUACCUGGUAUUAACACGUCUUGGCUGAUCUGAUCUCAAGUGGACAGCGCUAAAUACAAAUGUGAACAACCAGCAGGACACAUUGUGAUCCCAUCACUCAAACCACUUGCUGAGAUGGUCUGGGAUGCAUUUAACCACAUUUUUUGUAUUGGAAAUGCUGAUGUGUCCUAUUGCAUCUCCAACAGGUGCCCUUUUUACACAGCGAUCGCGCUAUACGGCCAAAGUCCCUUCUUUUAUGCCUGCUUUGCAUUUUCACGCAGAAGCAAACAAUGGCAGAAUCAUUCCACUCCAGUAUGUGCUUUUAGACAGCAUGCCAGUAUGGCGGAAUCAAAAGAGGCAUGGCGGGAAUGCCAUGUAAGGGCCCAAACACACCAAACAAAUGUGGGAGAACUAGCGUGUCUUGGCCAAAAAGUUGCUCAUGAACACACCAAACGUAAGGCCAACAAGCACAUAUGUUCUGCAACUGCAUGAGAGGACAUACCCCUCCACACCAGCAGACGGCAGUAGUCUGUAAUCAUCGUUCAAAAUGGAAACUGGAAUACCGUCCUGACGCUAGUUAGCCAGUUAGCACUUUAACAACACAAUCCAAUAUUGAAAGAGCAGCAUAUUUACUGUGCGCCAGUGAACAAUAACACAAACCAUCAGGAAACAUUUCUGCUAAAGAGCUCAAUGGCUAAAGACAAAUAAUCUUAUUUUAUAAUCUAUAAGUCUGUUUUGACUUUACUCCCUCUUGACUUUAGCUCUUUGUUUACAAUUCUCACCUUCGUUUCUCUUGUGGUGCAGUGAGCUGAGCUGCCAAUCACAGUGAUUUCAUUCUCCGAUGGGCUCUGCUAUGCCAAUGCUGAAUCAGCAAGAAAAAAGGUUAGCUAGCGCCAGCAAGGGCAAACGGUGCUGGACACACCACACUGACGAGGGCAGUAAGGGUAAGGAGCUCCUGGACCUCAAUUUUUUUCCCAAUUUGCAGACACUUUUGGCCACUGAUCUUCUUCUUUAAGGGAGCUGCUAACUGCUAUCAGCUACGUUUUAAUCUCCUGCCUUGGGUCACACGCACAACACAUCAUUAAAAUGUCAUACCUGUACCACCCAUGAUCCCAUCCUGUUUAUACAGACAUUGUUUUGGCUCUGUUACCACCACCGAUGCUGCCUUAGUUGGACGAAGUGUUGCAUGACCAUCUUAUGGUCUUGCCCUAGGGAAGGAGACGUGUUGGAUUCUGCUGACAGCUAUUUCUCCAACUGUACCAUCACAACUGCUAAUGCUAGCAAGAGUGUGGACAUUUUAACUGGUUUGACCUUCGAGUGUAAGUGACGUAGGCAGUAACAUAUUCUGAGCACAAGCGGUCAGCUAGAUACAUCAUAGACAAAGGUGUGAGAGGGCUGUGUCUUGGCUGUCCACUUGUGUUUGGAUCACUGGAACUUUUUUAAUACCAGGUGUAAACAGGCCCUUUAUUUGUAAGCUAUUUAGGUGGAGUUAGUAAAGAACUAAAUAUGAACUUCCAUACAAAAAAAUGAACACAUUUUUAUUUUCUUCACCAAAAUGCUUUUCGUUUUAUAUCUAAGCAAAAUAUUUGAAUCUUUUUAUUCAGGCAAUCAGUUUUGUGACAGUCUUGGCACACAAUUUUGAUUUUUUUGGUUAAACUCUACACAAAAAGAAUGUUUACCUGUUAAGAUUUCAGAAAUUCUGUAUCAUAUACAUUUUCACAGCUCCAUUAGACACAAACUCAACACUUUCUGCACAAAUUGUAUGUCUGACAGUAAUAACCAUCCAACAGCUCAUUCCCGGGAAGCUGUUGACCUCUUCCAAAAAUAUUGGGUUUCAUUCACAGUAACUUAGAAAAUAGCAAAGUAAAAGCUAUUCUUAAAAACAACUAAUUUCACCCAGGUUUUUACCUGGCAGUUAUUAGAAACUAGCAAUUAUUUGAAUAUCAGCUUCCAACAUUUAAAAGGGAUAGCUCAAAUGUUAUGAAGUGGAGUUAUACAAGGUACCUAUCCAUUGUCAGUGUAUUAUAUACUGUAGAUGUUCGUUGGCGCACCCCCAGUUUGGGAAAGUGGCAGGAGUACCACCACAGAAGCUAAGCAAUGUACUGCUGUAGACGGGGGCAGCAACACAUAUUAUAGCCACCUAAAAAAAUCCAGAACGGAUUAAGUGUAUGCUACAUUAAGAACAUUUUCGCCACUGCAUUAACUGCUUCAGUUCCAUAUGUAUGCUCUCUUCAAAGCCACCAGACUCUAUUGACAAAACUAGUAAUUUUGGCUUGCUGAACAUGGGAGCUGCUGGUCUACUUCUGCUUCAAACUGUUUGUUUGUUUGUGUUAUUGUGUGACUUCGAUGAGUCCGAACUAACCACUUUAAAUGCCAAAGUCACACGAUAACACAGCAAUAUAACGACCUCAGUUCCCCAUCAGAAAUCACUGUCUGACAGAAAGGUAAAGCACUGAAAAUACUCUUAGUAUAGUGCGCACUAAAACUGAUAGUGAUUUUUUAGGUGGUUAAAAUACUUUUUGCUGCUGACCCCUCCACAGCAGUACAAUGCUUAUCUGCCACGGCAAUACUCCAAUCUGCUUCUCCAAACUGGGGGUGUGCCAACCACCAUCUACUGUAGGUAAUACACUGACUAUGGAUAAGUACCUGAUACAACCCCAUUUCAAAAAAUCUAAACUAUCUCUUUAAGAUUUCCUAAGAGCAAGACAACCUAAGCACUGUUGGCACCCAGCAGCUGAUGGUCAAGUGUGUCGGCCUUAACAGUUGUGAGUGGACAUUACUCACCAUUAGAGACAGAAAUAAAUGAAUCUAAUGCCUGUCUCAGAGUAA